AAUUUCAGAAAUGUCCACUGUUUUGUUUGAAUUGAUUAUCUGGAAUUCCUAUUAACGAAUUGGAUUAAUGAAUAGUGGUGGUUUAGCAGCAGCUUUGCCUUCAACAUCCGUUGUUGAAGAAUCAGCAGUUAUACCAAACGACAUGACAUACGCUGAUGAGAGGUUCAGUGCACGGUGGAAAGAGCGACGUGCCCGAUUUUUGGGUUGCAUUGAAAAUACCAAAUUAAUAGCAGAACGGACAAAGCAGAGACAGGAAAAUGCUCGAAUAGAACGACUAAAGAAAGAAAGGGCCGAAAUGGAGAAGUAUCGUCGAAGAUAUUUGGAAGCAGCGAUGAAACAGUACGCGGAACAACAGGCAAAGCCUCGGGAAGUGCCAUCAUCGAUGAUCCAGUCUCAUGGCCAUCAUUAUCCACAGCUUCUUUCCUCAUCGCAAAGUUAUCCUGGAUGUAUGCAAGUAUUACAGACCGCAUCUCCUUUCACACCAAGUUAUCCGGCUAUAUCAGCUUGUAAGCCAAAUAUUCGAAAACGACCAUUUGAGGGUAGUGCUGGAUGGACGCAGUACGCCCACAUGGCCAUCAUGAGCGAUCGAUGUAAUAUUUAUCACGGAAAAGAAACAGAAAUGUUUCAGAAUAAUAUAUCUCCGAUGCAAACCACUAAUUCAUUCAAGUAUUCGACUGUGAUGUCGAAACAAGUGCCUUACUGUCCAGCAAGCAGUUAUAAAGAUGGAACGCAUUCUGACAAAUUGAUGGCUAAAGAAAUACACCAGAUGAACACUAUUGUCCCCGGAUUAGAAAGAGCUGAACAGUACGAUCAGACAAGAUUGGGCAGUUCAAUGUUGCCAACAACAUCACAAGCACAUGAAGCCACAACUUCCACCAUCCCUGAAGAAAUGAGCAAUUUAUCAGCAAUGCCGGAGUUAGCUGAGUCGCACGUGAAAGAUUUGAUGGAUCAAAUUGGACCGAAUAAUUCACUGGAUGAUCUCGGAGGAAACUGCCUGGAAGGAGUAUUAGUUAAUCGUUGCGAUGAACAGCCAUCUAUAUUAGCUGCGGAAACCGAAAAGCUUAAAGUGCAGUCCACAAGCAGUUCGAUAGCUUCACCGAUGUCAGCUGUCUGUGGCACGCCCAAUAGUGCCUUAUCUCCAACGCAUCUUUCUGCAUCCGCUCGAUGUUCUACAAAUUCGUUUUAUGAUUCACAAAGUACUGCUGUAACACCGCAACAGAAUGCUCUUACACCACCUUGUGAUCAGCAGCCACAACGAAUCCCAGCAACAUCAGCAUUAGAAGUAUCAGCACCCCCAACAAUGGUAGUACAAGACAAUUCUUUGUUGUGUACGAGGAAUGCUAGCAGCAGUGGCAGUACAAGUAGUAUCGGUAGUGCGAAUGCUAUGUCCUUAACAUCAUUAAUUGGGAAUAGUAAUAGUAGGAGCAGUAGCGUUAAUGGUAGUAUAUGCAACAGUGCAGCUGCAAUUGCAGCGUCAGCAACAGUGCCCAAUCAGCUACAUCAGCCGCAGCAACAGCAGCAUUAUCAUCAAUUUGCGCAUUUUCAACAACAUCAUCAUUCUUGUCAUCAACAACAGCAGCUACUAAAUUUAUUUAACAAUGGAUGCCAUGUGUCCGCAAACAAUGCCCAGCUUUCACAUACGGAUAAUACAAGGAUAUACAAUGGGAUUGAGUAUCCAAGGUUCGGUCAUUGCUAUAAACAGUAUAGCAAUCCAAACAAAUCAUCCAUUUUUCCACGCUUUCCAUCUCAAACAUUCGUGGAGUGCUCUACGCCACAACAGUAUGAUGUUCAUUCGAUGAAAUAUCCGAACAAUGGGAUGUCUUAUUAUGCGCAGCAACCAGAAGUGAAUAUGCAGCAACAAGCAUAUCAGUCUGUGAAGAAUUCAGAUGCUCCGGUUGGUUCCUUAUCUGGAGUUCUGCAUUUAUGGUGGUUGCCUUUUUCUCCUCAGUCGGAGGUAGCUCCAUGGAACAAUGCAAGUUUUGUGUAA